AUGGAGUUUGGUGAUGGAGCAGCAUCAUUUUGUGAUGAUGAAGGUUUGUCAAGUAGGAGUGGUACGUCCAAUGAUUGUGUUAUGAAUCUCUCCCCUAGAGGGAAAAAAUAUUGGAUUCCGAGUUGUGAUAAAGAUAGCCAGCCUUAUGUUGGUCAGCGGUUUAGCAAGUUAGAUGAUGGUGUGGACUUUUAUGUCCAGUAUGCUUGUACGGUUGGGUUUGAUGUUCGUCGUAGCACUGAAACAAAGGAUAGGAUGGGUAAUGUGUUGAGGAAGUAUUUGGUGUGUUCUCGUGAAGGUUUCAAGCAGCCUGCUAAGGAUGUUUGUCCGGUAGGUGAGGGGGUCGGUGACAGUUCCAUAUCACCGAAGAGACGUCGGGUUACGAAUAGGGUUGGUUGUAAUGCCAAGAUCAUUUUGAAGCUUAUGGGUGAUGGGCGCUAUUCUGUGUUUUCUGUUGAGAUAAGGCACACACAUUCUUUGUGCUCAGAGUUGGCUAAGCCUUUCAUGAGGGUUAAUCGUAAGUUGUCUAUGGGCCAUCAAAGCUUUGUUGCUAAUUGUGCAAGAGCGAAUAUAGGUCCGAUUAAGUCAUUCAAGCUUUAUAAGCAGAUGGUGGGGGAUUUUGUUGAUGUUGGGGCCACUGGUGUAGACUUCCAGAAUUUUAAGCAGGAUUUAAUGGCGUGGCAUGCGUGUAGGUAUAAUCUCGUGUUCGUUCCAUUUACUGGUAUGGAUAAUCACAAGAAAUCAGUGACGUUUGCAGCGGGGUUGAUUGCGAAGGAGGAUAUUGACUCAUAUGUCUGGUUGCUUGAUAAUUUCAAGCGAGCUAUGGGGCACGAGCCGACAUACGUUAUCACCGAUCAAGACACAUCUUUAAGGGUAGCGGUGCCAAGUGUUUUCAAGUUUGCACGGCAUCAAUUUUGUAUGUGGCAUAUUAUGACGAAGGUGGGUGACAAGGUUCGGGCGGUGCUUGCUAAUGAUCAGCCUUUUCGUCGGGAUCUCAACGCUAUUGUGUGGGAUGAGUGUAUAACGAUAGAGCAGUUUGAGUCUAAAUGGCUUCAAAUUAUGGAGGAUCAUGGUCUUGUUGAGCAUAGGUGGCUUCAGUUGAUGUUUGAGUUGCGUGCAUUUUGGAUACCUACUUUCUUCCGGGAUUUACCUAUGAGUGGUUUGGUGCGGACUACAUCUCGUUCCGAAUCCCAGAAUAGUUCAUUUGGGGGCUGUACUAAUUGCCAUGCAAGCUUAGUGGAGUUUUUCAUUCACUUUGAAGGUGCGAUCGAUAGUCAAAGGCAUAAACAAGCUAAACUCGAUGCUUCAUGUGAGGGAUAUUUGCCCGUGGUAAAGACGCCUUUGGCUAUUGAGCGUUAUGCUGCUGUCGUUUAUACCAUUACUGUUUUCUAUGAUGUGCAGGCAGAGAUUGUUGCUGGCUGCUUUGAGUGUCGAGUCUUGUCGGCUGCGGUGGAUGGUGAUGUAAAACGCGUUGAAGUAGAGGGUGGAAAUGGUGUUGUUUGUGUUGUUUUGUUUCAUAUGGUUGAAACUACAGCUUCUUGUUCGUGUCGUAUGUUUGAGCGUGUUGGGUUGCUUUGUAGGCAUAUUUUUCUUAUUUUCAAGGAUGCUCGUGUGGAAUCCAUUCUGGCGUGCUAUGUUGUCUAUCGGUGGACACGUGAUGCCUAUAAGCGUCCGAUUUAUGAUAUAGAUGGUGUGCACGAUGCACCUACUUUGGCUGGGAAGUCUAGCAAUGGUUCCAUGAAGGAGGACUUGAAAAUGUCAUUUGUGGAUGCGGAUAGUACAAUGAGUUUGUCAGUGGGUAAGUCAGGUGUAAUUCGUUCCUUUGGUGGUGUUCUAGCGUCUUCAAAGGUUGUUGUCCACCCUCCUACUGUUGCUAAGAAUAAGGGGUCUGGGAAGCGCUUCAAAACUGCAAAAGAGCUCGCUCUGGAGAAAGCUGGGCCGUUUACUCGUGAGUGUGCCACGUGUCAUAAAUCCAAAAUCCAAGGCAAAUUUGCAAGCACAGUUGAAGGCGAAGGCUAA